CGCAUCCUCUCUUCGACAGAGACAACCCAAUCUAGCAAAAUGUACAAGAUUACUUUCUUCCUCGCCACCCUCGCCCUGGCUGCUGCCAAGCCCAGCAUUGCCCCAGCUGCCGUCGUAGCCCCAGCUCCACUAGUGGCUGCCCCUGCUCCACUAGUCGCUGCCCCUGCUCCAUUCGUCACCGCCUCAAGCUCACAAUACAUCUCCAGAAACUACAACGGGGUCUACGCUGCCGCUCCAUUAGUAGCUGCACCCGUAGCUGCGCCCCUAGUGGCUCCUGCUGCUAAAAUUGUUGCUCCUGCCCCAGUCGUAGCAGCAGCUGCUCCACUUGUAGCCCCAGCAGCGAGAUUCGUUGCCCCAGCUGCAUAUGCCCCUGCUGCGUACGCUGCAGCUCCUGCUUUCGCCUACGCUCGGUAUGCUGAGCCCUUCGCGCCUUAUUACGCCGCUCCUGCCCCCAUUGUCGCCCUUAAAUGAGCCAAAUCAAGACUGAUAUAGAC